AUGAAUGAUCUCUUUUCAGGAUCCUUCUCUCGUCACCGUGGCCAAGAUCCAAAUUCCCACACCAUCCAAAUGACAAACUCACCUAAUUCCACAGGCGGUGUGAAUCUCGACAAGUUUUUCCAAGACGUCGAGGCCAUCAAGGACGAGCUCCGUGACCUGGAGACGCUCUACAGCCAACUCCAGGCCGCACACGAGCAGAGCAAAGUCCUCCACAAUGCCAAAGCUGUAAAAGACCUUCGAGCAAAAAUGGAUAACGACAUCGCCAUAUCGUUGAAAAAGGCGAAGGUGAUCAAGGUCCGAUUGGAGGGAUUAGACAGGUCCAACGCUGCUAACCGCAGCAUCCAGGGCUGUGGCCCGGGGAGCUCGUCCGACCGGACCAGGACCUCAGUCGUCAACGGCCUGAGGAAAAAACUUCAGGACAUAAUGAACCGAUUCAAUGAGCUGAGGCAGAAAAUGAACUCCGAGUACCGGGAAACCGUCCAGAGAAGAUACUACACAGUGACAGGGGAAAACCCUGAUGAGAAAAUCUUAGACAAUCUGAUCGAAACGGGGGAAAGCGAAACUUUCUUGCAGAAAGCAAUACAGGAACAGGGCAGAGGGCAAGUAAUGGACACUAUAAUGGAGAUUCAAGAAAGGCAUGACGCAGUAAAGGAAAUGGAGAAGAAUCUGAAGGAAUUGCAUCAGAGGAGGCACUCAUCAGCUGGAGGUGGCAAGGAAACACCAGAAGAAUUCUAG